AUGAUUGAGAUCACAGCUCAGCAAAUCCCAAGUGGCGUCACACUUGAACCUGUGGAUCUUGGACCUACCAUAACUCUAUAUGCUGGAAAUUUUAAUACAGAAAAAAAUUUAAUUUUCCAAAAGAAACCAAAUGCCUCCAUGAGCACCAACAUAUGUGACUUCUGCUUGUGUGAAAAUCACACACUAUUGUGUAAUCAUCUCAGCCCAAUGCAGAAACUCCAUCAGGUGCCUGUACCAAGUCCCAGCACCUACAAGGGCACCCUAACUGUUUUAAAUUUCCAAGGAAAUAUUAUCUCUUACAUUGACAAAAAUGUAUGGAAAGCAUACCGUUGGGUUGAGAAACUAAUCCUCAGUGAAAAUUACCUGACUGAAUUACAUAAGGAUUCAUUCGAAGGCCUGCUAUCCCUCCAGGUUUUGGAUUUAUCUUGCAAUAAAAUACAUCACAUUGAAAGAAGGACAUUUGAGUCAUUACCUUUUUUGAAAUAUAUAAACCUUGGGUGCAAUUUACUCACUGAACUGUCCUUUGGAACAUUUCAAGCAUGGCACGGAAUGCAGUUUUUACAGCAGUUAAUCCUCAACCGUAACCCUCUGACAGCUGUCGAAGAUCCUUUCCUUUUUAAGUUGCCAACAUUAAAAUCUCUGGACCUGGGGGCCACACAGGUGCAACUCACGACGGUUGAGAACAUCCUCAUGAUGACUCUGGAGCUGGAACAGCUGAUCUUACCUAGCCACAUGACCUGCUGCCUCUGCAAAUUUAAGGCGAAUAUUGAGGUUAUCUGCAAGACAAUCAAACUGCAUUGUCAUACGGGAUGUCUGACAAACACCACACAAUGUCUUGAAGCAUCUAUAGGGAACCCAGAAGGAGCAUUCAUGAAGGUGUUGCUGGCCCGGAAGGAGAACACCAGAGCUGAGCUCACUAUUGAACCAGAGAAGAGCUAUUCAGACCAGAAGGAUCUUGGCUCUUCAAGACUCAUGAAUGAGCAGCUUGACUUUAACGAUGAAAGUGACGUCAUUAGUGCCCUAAAUUACAUAUUGCCGUAUUUCUCAGAGGGGAAUCUGGAAGAGGUGGUAUCGACAUUGUUACCAUUCAUUAAACUCCUGUUUUCCAAUAUGCAGAAUGGAGAUAAUUCACUGGGACCCUUACAAAAUGAUACAAAGAGCCUUACUCUUAAAUCAGUACCUAAGGCUAGUAAGUUGGCUUUACCUAAGGCUAGUAAAUUGGCUUAUAAACAUAAAGUGAAUAAGCUUUCUUUUCUAGAAAAUCUGUUAGAUGCGGAAAUCGAUGAGGUUAGAAAGGAAGCAAAAACCGCCAUGCUUGUUCAGCAGUCGAGCCGUUUAGAUCCCAAAUUUAAACGACGAAUAUUUGAAAAGAGGUGGGAACCUGCCCAGGCAGAGGAAGACAGUCUUGCAGAGAUUGAGAAGGCAGAGAGACGGCUCCACAGUAUGAGCAGGGUACCUAAGGGGACAGGAAACAUACAGAAAAGGCACUUCAAGGACGUGAAGGGCAAGAGCCUGUGGAGCAAGCAGAGUGUGCAGACACCUGUGGAGAACAUCUUCAAGGACAGGCAGCUCGGGAGCCCACCAUCAACGGAGCUACAGUGGCUCCGUCUGGAGCAGAGGCCCAGGGAGUUAGUGGGGAAUUCCUUCCCCUCAGAGCCCUUGCUCCCAAUGGAGCACAGGGAGGAACUCUCUUCCUCCCCAGAACCGUCCCUGGUGGACAAGGCUCCCACUACAAAAUCGCUACCUGAGUUCAUAGACAGACGAAAAGACUUGUCUUACACCAUUUAUGUUUUAGAAAGUGCAAAGGCUAAUGUGAAGAGAACGAAGGGUUCUAACCCAAGUUUACAAUCUGAAGAGAGACAUCGAAACCUCAGGAAGAAAAAAUCUCAUUUCCAGUUGAUUGCAAAGAGGCCGGCAGCAUCCUCUGCAGUGAGGAGCCUGAUAAAUUCCCCUGCUCGAGGGAUCUUUUCAUCUUUAGGAGACCUGAGUUAUGCAGAAAGGCCCUUUUCAGAAUUGUAUGUUGCUUCAGAACCUUCUACAGAAAAGCCUCCUGAAGAAACUCAGGCUAUAAUAGAGAUUACUAAAGAAAACACCUUCCAAUCAACUGUGCCUAAAGAAACUGUGUCAGAAAAUAAACCUCCUGAGAAUCCUACUACAGAUUCUAAUGUGUCUACAUCCAACUUAAUUCCAACUGUUCAGCAAACCAGCAAGCCACAGUCAGACUUCACUGUGGGUGCUGAUACGCAUGUCCAACCCGUAGAAGUUGCUAACCCAUCAUUGAUGUCACCAGGAGAACAGUUUGAAUCUCAUCUAAACCAGCAGCUGCGGCCCCUCAUCCCCAACAACGAUGUGAGAAGGCUCAUCGCUCACGUUAUCAGGACGUUGAAGAUGGACUGCUCUGACACCCGUGUGCAAAUGUCCUGCGCCAAGCUCAUCUCCAGAACAGGCCUCCUGAUGAAGCUUCUCAGUGAGCAGCAAGAUUUCAAGCUGUCCAGGACCGACUGGGAUACAGACCAGUGGAAAACUGAGAACUAUAUCAACGAGAGCACAGAAGCCCAAGGCGAACAGAAGGGUCUGGAACCAAGUCAGCUCACAAAAGUAGUUCCAGGAUAUGGCUACAACAACAAAGUCAUCUUGGCGAUAUCUGUGACAGUCGUAGUGACAGUUUUGAUUAUCAUUUUCUGUCUCAUCGAGGUAAGGACAACAGAGGAAGAAGAAGAAAAAAGGAGAAGAAAGAAGAAGGAGAAGGAGAAAGGAAACGCAGAAAAGGAAUUUUCCAAGAACAAGCUGGAUCAUAAGACUAGUCCUCUCAGUGAGCUCUGGAUCGGAUUAAUCCUCAAUCGGUGGAUAAGGGCUAAGAAAUACUACUGCAAGACCACUGAGAUUCAGGAUGGAUUUUUCUGGCUAAGAUGCCCACUGUGGCUUAGGGACAUGUAUAGGCCUCUGCAUGACACCAGAAAGAAAAACAUGGCUCAGGACCUACAGGACAAGGAGUCCUCUGGAGAGGAGGAGAUUUUCAAUAAGGAUUUACCAGGGGAGGUCAAGAAAGGACCCUUGGCGGCGAAAUCAUCCGCAGAAGAUAGUGAACCAGUUGAAGCCUCAGAAUGA